AUGAGCCUCCGAUGUCCGUACGGGCACAUUCCUUACUCUGCAUGGCGUCUGGACGUGCUCCGAACCUUGUUCCUAUCGCCUGAGAAGGCUUAUCGCGGAACCUACGCCCGUGCUUGUCGGUCGAACCGUCCAACAUACAGACGCAAUUACAGCGAUUCACAGACUCCUGCACCGGGCGACCAUGUCCCUGACGUUCCAAAUGAAGCGCGCACGGGCUCCUCACCCGCAAGCGAGAAGAGGAGCAAGAAUGCAGGACCAACGCCGCCUUUCAACCCCUACAGCGUUACCGGACUUCAAGCGGUCAAGGACUUGCUUGCGGAGCUCCAAGCAGUGAGCAAAAAGGUUCAUUAUGGCAAUGCAGACAAGAAGAGCGGGACGGAUUUCAAAACGGUGGUGAUUGAGCCUCCAGCUGAUCCAGGAAGGAAAAAGAAGGCAUACAAGAGGAUCGCCCUUGACUCGUCGACGGAACACGGACCAUCAGUAUCCAGGUCGCCUGUCGUACGCUGGGUGGACAAGGCAAAGAGGCGACGCAGAGAACAGAAAAUUCACCCUUCGUAUCACCACAUCAGAGGGCUGAAGAAUAACCCUUGGGCAGAGAUCCUGGCAAGCCCCAUCCGGGCAUGUCAAGGCAGCGGUGCAAGGCUGCCGGUGGACCUACUGCUGGACCUUGCAUACGUCAAAAGUCCCCAGGAUGAAAAGGUAUACCUUUUGCCGGCAACACUCGCGGACCUGGAUGCUCUGGAGGCGAAAAUGGCGCCCGAGUUAAAGGCAAGCCAGCGACACCCCCCACCGGUCGCAGACGAAAUGGAGCAAGGCAGCAGGGAAGAUAGUCCUCAGAAAGACGAUCCGGCAGAACCACCUCCACAGGCCAAUACACCCGUCGGAUCACAAAGGCCUUCCCAGCCACAGAGUCGCCUGUUCUUGAACCACACCUUUCUCACUCACAUAAACGACGCAGUAACCCAGCCGGUGAAGAAGACAUUCAAGGACCCCUCACCUACUGGGCGCGAGAGUGUACCGGCCGAGGUCGUCAAACUCAUCCACUUCCAAGGUCGCGAGGCCUUCUCAACGGCACAGCACUACCUACAGAACAAACGCCGUUUCGUCAGCGGCCAGUCCGGGACGCAUGAUACGCCCUCCGCUGACCAGGAAAAGGACGCCUUCAACCUGAGCAAACUGCAAUGGCAAAUUGGACUGCCGUCACGCAUUGUGAACAUCAUGCGACAACGUGUUUUGGUCGCCCUGAGCGCGCUUGCAGAGUCGGAGUCCGCCGCAAAAACGCAAGGCCUGACGGAGACACCCAGGGCCGUCAUUCCUCUUCCCUUUCCAAAGAACGGUCUACUGAACGGCGAUGAGCUACGACCCCAGUGGUCCACAGCUGAAGUGAACCACUCGGCCACCACGGAGAUAGCCAACCCUACCUCAAAGAUCCGAAGAGUUGGGAGCAAGUCCCGAGCCGCAGAGGACACCACGGCCAGCGAAGCCAUCUCCUCGACCAGCACGUCUCACAGCGAGCACGCUCCAUCAUCUUCUCCAUCAUCUUCUGCGCCUCCGGAAUCGACCUACCAGCGCCUAGGCCACCCGGAAUGGCUUCCAGGAAGUAUAUUCCUGCACACCGGCACCAGCGACUUUUCUACCCUUAUCUCGAGCUCGUCGUCCUCGUCUUCGUCCUCAUCCCUCCCCGCCUUACCGACGGACAAUCCUCUCAUCCCACCAAUGCUGUCCGUAAUGGACAUGCACCGCUUUCCCGUCUUCUCCCUCGACCGUCUCUUCUCGCACGGCCCCGUGGCCCCAUCCGCGCAGCACACGGACGAAUUGAACGAGCUACUCUCCCGCCAGAUCUUUCAACCAGCUCACACUCUUGGCGGAAGCGACCACUUGCUGUUCGUCCGCUCCCUGCAAGGUCCCGCGAAGACGGUGAUUGAGGAAGUGUGGCGUCUGUGGCGAUAUCUAGGCGGCACGAACAUGGACGUGUCGUUUUUCGAGGUGGAAGAUAUUGAGUCCGAGGCUGAGGCAAAGCUCAAGGUCGAGAACUCAACUGUCCAAAGGGAGGAUGUAAUCCACGACCACGAGGAAGGGAACAUCCCGUCGCGGCAGCGAAGGGAGCGUCAGAUGAUGACGCCUCCUUGGAGGGAGACACGUCGUCUUUUCGAUAGCUAG